CUUCUUCUUCCACCAUUUCUUACAAACUCUUCUUCUUUUCAGCAGUAAUCAACCAUCAAAUUUUGAGAGCAGGGGAGUGAUCGGCGCACGUUAGCACAGGCCAUGAGGGCGCAUGCUAGUGUCGUUUUUGAGGUGGUGGUGUUGCUGAUAUGCUUCGAGGUAUGGCUAGCCUGUGCGACGUCGCCGGCCAACGCCGGAGACUUGAACAAACAGUUAGCCGUAUGGAAGCACCUAAGAAGGCUCAACAAACCUGCCGUGAAGAGCAUUCAGAGCCCUGAUGGAGAUAUCAUAGAUUGUGUAAACAUAGCUCAACAGCCAGCAUUUGAUCACCCUUUCCUAAAAAACCACACAAUUCAGUUGAGACCUGGCUUUCAUCCUGAAGGCCUUUAUGAUGAGAGCAAGAGAGCUUCAGAUGCAAGCAACAAUAGACCCAAUACUAUAGUUCAGCUCUGGCAUCAGAAUGGGAGAUGCCCUGAGGGCACAAUACCCAUAAGAAGAACAAGAAGAGAUGAUGUUCUCAGAGCUAGCUCAGUGAAAAGAUAUGGAAAAAAGAAGCAAAUGAGCUUUCCAAGACUACUAUUUGCAGACCCUGACUUCAUCAAUGAGGGUGGUCAUCAACAUGCAAUUGCCUAUGUAAAUGGGGAGAAGUUUUAUGGAGCAAAGGCAAUAAUAAAUGUCUGGGAACCAAAUAUUCAAUUGCCCAAUGAGUUCAGCCUCUCCCAGCUCUGGAUCCUGGGAGGUUCCUUUGGUCAAGAUCUCAAUAGUAUUGAAGCAGGCUGGCUGGUCAGCCCAGAACUCUAUGGAGAUAAUAAUACUAGGCUCUUCACUUACUGGACUAGUGAUUCUUAUCAAGCAACUGGCUGCUACAACUUGCUAUGCUCUGGUUUCAUCCAGAUCAGUAGUGAGAUAGCAAUGGGAGCCAGCAUCUUUCCUGUAUCUCAGUAUGAUGGCUCGCAAUAUGAUAUCAGUAUACUUGUAUGGAAGGAUCCAAAGGAAGGCAACUGGUGGAUGCAAUUUGGAAGUGAUUAUGUUAUGGGUUACUGGCCUUCUUUCCUCUUCUCUUAUUUAGCUGACAGUGCAUCCACUGUAGAGUGGGGAGGAGAAGUGAUCAACUCUGAACCAGAUGGACAGCACACUGCCACUCACAUGGGCAGUGGACAUUUUCCUGAAGAAGGAUUUGGCAAAGCAAGCUACUUUAAGAAACUCCAGAUAGUUGAUGAAUCUAAUAAUCUGAAGUCCCCAAAAUGGAUUAGUACAUUCACAGAACAAUCAAAUUGCUAUGAUAUUCAAUCUAACAAUAAUGGAGAUUGGGGUAGUUAUUUCUACUUUGGUGGGCCUGGCAGAAAUCCCAAUUGCCAAUAGAAAAAAUCUUUACUUAGAGCACACUCCUUGUGUUUUUUAUUAGAAUUUGAUGAUCUCCAUGUAAGUGGUUGGAGUGAAAGGCAAGGUUGCUUAGUAUUUUAUGUGCUUGUCUAGCUCUCCUUGCUUCUAGUGAUUUGUGCAGAUCUGUUGCUGUUUUCAUGAAAUUUUAGCAUCUUUGCAUUUGGAAGUGGAACUAUUAGGUAAGUUUACAGGGUGUUUAAAUGUUUCAUUACUUGUCAGUAGGUGAAUUUGUUAUAUUUAUGCUUCAGCUUUAUAAAAGGUUUUACAUGUGAUUGUGAAAUAGUAGUUGUUGGCUACAGGAUUGUGACACAAAUCAUAUUGAGUUGGAUUGGCUGCUUUUGCAUGGGACUGCAAAUAAUGUAAACUUUGCAUUAGCUACCUCGCAAUUUUUACCAAUUAAAUA